AUGGGUGAAAUUAGAGCUUAUUUUAUAUGGAAAGAAGAAGCAGGUGAAGAACACGAAAUGAUGUUGGUGGUGAACCCAUUUCAGCAGGUGAAGAACAUGCUAGAGGGAGAAGAAAUGGGUGAAGUAAGUUUUGAUGUUAGCAUUUUGAACUCCAUACUCCUACAAUGGAGGGUUUGGCAGAACUCGCACGAGGGUGUACAAUUGUGCACUGGCGCCGCCGUCGAUUCUACGUCCAUUGAUGACAUAUCUUUCAAUCCGGCAGUCAAAUGCAAUUGCUCCUACAACAAUGCCACUCUUUGCCACAUCACUGCUCUGAAAGUUUACGCGUUAGACCCUGCUUAUGUGAUUCCGGAUGAACUUUGGAACCUAACUUUCCUCGAAGUCCUAAGCCUGGGCAUUAAUGCUUUGUCGGGGGAGCUUCCAAAGGAACUUGGAUUGCUAACUGACUUAAGAUCCUUGUCCAUUGGCACAAAUAAUUUUUUUGGGCCUUUGCCUUCAGAGCUUGGAAAUUUGAAAAAACUAACACAACUCUACAUAGAUAGUUCUGGUGUUAGUGGUGCUAUACCUCCAACAUUUGCAAAUCUUCUGAAUCUAGAAAUAGUGUGGGCUUCAGACACUGAACUUUCAGGGAGGAUACCUGAUUUCAUUGGGAAUUGGUCGAAGCUUACUACCUUGAGGUUCGAAGGAAAUUCAUUUCAGGGCCCAAUUCCAUCUACAUUUUCAAAUUUAACCUCAUUGCUUGACUUGAGGAUAAGUGAUCUUUUGAAUGGGAGUUCUUCACUGGACUUCAUUAGGAAUUUGAAGAAUUUAAGCAAUCUAGUUUUACGGAAUAACAAUAUUUCUGGUUCCAUCCCCUCUAAUAUUGGAGAAUAUCAGAGCUUGUCAUGGUUUGAUUUGAGCUUCAAUAAUUUGACAGGGCGUGUUCCAGAUCAACUUUUCAAUCUUAGUCCACUCAGAAAUUUGUUUCUCGGUAGUAACAAGUUAACGGGUUCUUUGCCUGCACAGAAGAGCCAAAAUCUGCAGAUUAUAGAUUUAUCAUACAAUGAAUUAUCUGGGGGCUUCCCUUCUUGGACUGGUGGACAAGAUUUACAACUGAAUCUGGUUGGCAAUAACUUUACCAUUGAGAGCUCUAACGACCGUGCUCUGUCUUCAGGAUUGAAUUGUCUUCAGAAGAAUUUCCAAUGCAAUCGAGAAACUCCCAUUUAUUCUAGCUUUGCUAUCAAGUGUGGUGGUCAACAAAUUGUGUCAUCUAAUCAAAUACUGUAUGAGAGGGAUAACGAGACUCUUGGUCCAGCAACACAUUACAUGACAAGCACAGGCAGGUGGGCUGUUAGCAAUGUUGGACUGCCCUAUGGUAGCAAUAGUCCAAAAUACACAACUUCCACUUCGUCACAGUUUACAAAUACUUUGGACUCUGAACUCUUCCAGACAGCAAGACUUUCAGCUGGAUCGCUAAGGUACUAUGGCUUGGGCUUGGAAAAUGGUAAUUACACUGUGACCCUCCACUUUGCAGAGUCAGUAAUCCUGAAAUCUAGCCCUCCUUCUUGGAAGACUCUUGGGAGGCGUGUCUUUAAUAUAUAUAUACAGGGCAAUCUAAAGGAGAAAGAUUUUGAUAUUCAAAAAGAAGCUGUGGAAUCAUUCACUGCUAUUUCAAGGGAAUACAAGGUUCAAGUAUCUGAAAAUCAUUUGGACAUCCAUCUGUUUUGGGCGGGGAAAGGAACUUGCUGUGUACCUUCACAAGGUAGUUAUGGACCUUUGAUUUCAGCGAUUAGUGCGACCCGAGAUUUUGUUCCCUCUGACAAAAAGAAGAAUAGGACUGGCAUGGUGGUAGGAAUUGUUUUUGGAGUUGGAAUGUUGAGCUUUCUUUCUGUAUUUGCUGUGUAUUGUUUUGUUCAGAGAAGAAAAAGGCAGGACACAUAUGAUGAUGAAGAGUUCUUGGGAAUGGAUGUGAAGCCAUAUACUUUUAGUUACGCUGAAUUAAGAGCUGGAACGAGUGAUUUUAGUCCUUCUAAUAAGCUUGGAGAGGGAGGAUUUGGACCUGUAUACAAGGGAACACUCGAGGAUGGGAGAAUUGUUGCUGUUAAGCAACUCUCUGUGGCCUCCCGCCAAGGGAAGAGCCAGUUUGUGGCAGAGAUUGCAACAAUUUCUGCUGUCCAGCACCGCAACCUAGUGAAGUUGUAUGGCUGCUGCUAUGAGAGAGACAAACGGUUGAUUGUGUAUGAGUUUCAUGAAAACAAGAGUCUUGAUCAAGCACUAUUUGGAUGUAGUAACUUAUUUCUUGAUUGGCCAAGACGUUUUGAAAUAUGCUUGGGAAUAGCAAAAGGUCUAGCUUAUCUACAUGAGGAAUCUCGACUAAGAAUCGUACACAGAGAUAUCAAGGCUAGUAAUAUUCUACUUGAUUCAGACCUCAACCCUAAAAUCUCAGAUUUUGGGUUGGCCAAGCUCUAUGAUGAUAAAAAGACCCAUAUUAGCACUCGUAUUGCAGGCACACUUGGGUAUCUUGCACCGGAAUAUGCCAUGCUUGGCCACCUUACUGAGAAGGCCGAUGUGUUUAGUUUUGGAGUUGUUGCCUUGGAGAUAGUUGGUGGCCGGCCAAACUAUGACACGAGCUUGGAACAAGACAAGAUGUAUCUUCUUGAAUGGGCUUGGAAUCUGCUAGAGAAUAAGCGGGAGGUUGAUUUGGUGGAUGAAAAUCUGAAAAGCGAAUUCAAUGAGGAUGAAGUAAAACGAGUGAUAGGGGUAUCGCUUUUGUGCACCCAAACAUCCCCAGUAUUUCGGCCACCAAUGUCCCGAGUGGUGGCAAUGCUUUCAGGAGACACUGAGAUAGUAGGUGCAACUACAAGGCCCAGCUACCUCACUGACUGGAGGUUCAAUGAUCUAACCAGCUUCAUCACUAGUAGUAGUAUUCAUGAUUCCCAGGAUGAUCCAUCAGUGGCUACUACUACAAGCGUCACAACAGAUUUAAAUUCUUCACCACUAAAUCUAAAUGCAUCCAGACCUUUGCUUCACGAGAUCAUUGGAGAGGGCCAAAUAAGGUCAAUUUAAGAAUGUGUUCCCAUUGAAAUUAUGGGUAAUUGACAGAAAUGUACUGUAAAAUGAAUAAGCGACCAAAAUAGGACACUUUUCAAAGUUAUACAAUUCUGGAAAAAACUCAUUUGGGACAUGCGUUUUUAUCAGAAAGGCAUGUCUCAA